AUGUUUAAUAUAGUAAAUUCUACAUGUCAGUGUCUUCGAGAGUGUGGGAGGGUUUCAGCGAAGAACGCCUGCCUAGCUGAUGCUGCUGGUGUUCUUUAUCUUCAUGCCAAGGCCAUUCGCUCCAAAGUGCGGCGACGCGCAAAUGCGAUGCAUGGUGGACAUCCCAAGUCGGGACGCCACGGUGUCGCUGCUGCUGCCAGCAGCACUGUGUCCACACCCAUGGGGUUGCAGGUGCUGCGAGGGUCAGCCGGCUAUGCUAAAGUGGCUCCUUCCUUGGGCGAGAAAUGGAGGAUGAAUGAAGAGUUGAUGGACAACGGCUUUUCGAGGCUCUCCGAGGUUCAAGCCAGUGGCUUGUUGGAUCAGUGCAUCAGGAUCUCGGGGCGCGCGCUCGGGAAGGUCUUGGAGACGCCUGACAUGAAAUAUCGACAGCUGGACAUGGAGAAGCCCAAGGUGGCCGGCAUCUUGUCGACCCCCGGCAUCCUUGAAAUCUUCUAUGGUGCAGGGUGGGUCGAGGAAGACAAUUGGCUGGUAUUGCCAGAAGGCACUCCUUUUGAGCUCACGCAGCGUGCCGUGGAAGGUUUGCAAAGGGAGCAGCGACGUCGAGCCACCGUCGGGUUGCCCAGCGGAGUACAGAGCACAGCCCAGAAUCCCAAUGAGCGCCUUGGACAGAGCUUGGCUCGAAGCACAGCCUUUGAAGAAGGGCGCCGGUUCAACCCAUGGGAUGGAAAGCUCUACACCUUCAAGGAGUUGGAGAAGUGCCUCAGCACGGCAGACUUGACUCUUGCAGAAAUCCAGGAGCACUGGGCCCACAGAUGUCGGCCAGUUGCGCAGAAGGAAGGGGCUGCCAUUGGUGGGCCCGAAGUGCCUGUGGCUUCAGAACCGCAGGUGGAGGCCUGGCAGCAGAUGUGGAGGAUCCAAUCCAUCAAUCGCAUGUGGACCUCGGCUGAUCUUGCGCACGUCCAUGCCAUCAGCGGCGCGGCCUAUCUUGCAUUAGGCGCUUUCGUGUUGCUGUAUACCUCCAUGACCGAUCUCAUGGCUCUCAAUGGGAGCUGGGUGCAGGCCUCGGAGUUUACUGCUCCGGUGCUUCCCAUGGAGGUGAAGCUGGUGGCACUCUGGACUGGAGUCUUGAACGCCCUCAGCGGCCUUCAGCCAAGCCUCCUGGGCCCGCGCAGAGAUGUUCUAAAGCUCCUGGGCUUCGGCAGCACCGGCGAUGUGAAGACGGGCGGUUUCCUGAACGCAGCUGCGUUCUACAUGGUUCUGGCUUAUCAAGCAGCUCGGGCUGUCUGGCCGGAGCUUUCCAUCCUAGAUCCCAUCGUCGGAGGACUCACCUUGCUGCUGGUAGCCCAUCAGGCCUUCAUUCUCAAUUGCUGGGUCCAAAGUGGUCAGAUGCACCGAGUGGACUCCUUCCUGGUGCCGGGCAUGUUCAAUCUUCCGGUAUCCUUGCAUCUCCUGGCCGGCAGCCAGGUGCAGGGCAAUGCUUGGUGA